GCUCUGUGCCCACCCUGGCAGUGCCCAGAGCUCGCUGUCCCCACAGGACCCUGUGACUGACACACCCCGGCCAGCCCACAGCUGAAUGGAAAGACUGCAGAAGCCACUGACCUCCCCUGGGAGCGUCUGCUCUUCCCGCGGCUCCAGCGUUCCCGGCUCUCCCUCCAGCAUCGUGGCCAAAAUGGACAACGAGGUCCUGGGGUACAAGGACCUGGCUGCCAUCCCGAAGGACAAAGCGAUCCUGGACAUCGAACGCCCCGACCUGAUGAUCUACGAACCCCAUUUCACCUACUCGCUCAUGGAGCACGUGGAGCUGCCCCGGAGCCGGGAGCGCUCCCUGUCUCCCAAAUCCAUGUCUCCUCCUCCGUCUCCAGAGGUGAUCCGGGAGUGGCUGGAGAGCCGCCCCCCCAGCAGCACCCCAGUGCCCCCCUCGCGCCAGGGCACGGCCCCCACCCGCAGCAGCGUCCAGCACUUCCACCGACCUGAGACGGACACGACAGAGCUCAACAUUUACAAGAAGCCCCCGAUCUACCGGCAGAAAGACCACCACUCCAGUGCCCACCACGGGAAGCACCUCAUAGAGGAUCUGAUCAUCGAAUCCUCCAAAUUCCCGGCGGCGCAGCCCCCGGAUCCCAACCAGCCCGCCAAGAUCGAGACCGACUACUGGCCCUGCCCUCCGUCCCUGGCCGUCGUGGAGACAGAGUGGAGGAGGCGGAUGGCGUCCAAGAGAGGCGAGGAGGAGGAUGAGGAUCUGACGGAGGAGAUGAAGAACCUGCGGGAGCUGCAGCGGCAGGAGCUGAGCAAGGUCACCUCCAACCUCGGGAAGCUGAUCCUGAAGGAGGAGAUGGAGAAAUCUCUCCCGAUCCGCAGGAAAACUCGUUCGCUGCCGGACCGGACGCCUUUCCACACGUCUCUCCACACGAGCUCCAAGAGCUCCUCCCUCCCCGCCUCCGGCCGGAGCACCCUCACCCGGCUGCAGUCGGCAGAGUUCGGCUCGGCGGGGAGCGAGAAGGGCAGUCCUGCCCUGCAGAACGGCCAGCGCGGGCGCAUGGACAGAGGGAACUCCCUGCCCAGCAUGCUGGAACAAAAGAUCUACCCCUAUGAGAUGCUGAUGGUGACGAACCGAGGCCGCGUGAAGCUCCCGCCCGGCGUGGACAGGACCAGGCUGGAGCGACACCUGUCCCCCGAGGAUUUCCUGAAGGUGUUCGAGAUGUCGCCGGAGGAGUUCAGCAAGCUGGCCCUGUGGAAGCGCAACGAGCUGAAGAAGAAAGCCUUCCUCUUCUGAGUCCUCCUCGGGCCCAGCUCAGUCCGUGUCGCGCCGUGUCACCGCUUUAGGGCUCUCAGCCGGUUUUUAUUGGGGUCCCCCCUCUUUUCCCCGCGCCCCUCAGCCCCCAAAAUCUGCUCCCCACACCUCACUCCUCCUGCAGGGAA